GGAUUUAUAGUAGUGUCCCCCAUGAAUUUUGUUCAAGUAUUUUCUGAUGUCAUUUUCCAGGGUGGAUCACUUGGAAAGGAUACUAUGUUGGCAGAUUAUUCUGAUGUAGACCUUGUGGCUUUCGUCAAUCCGCCCGACUUGGAACCCAUCAGCGAGUAUUGGUCGCCUAGGGACUAUAAGAACCAACUCAAGACUGUCAUUAAGGAAUUCGAGGACUCCCUGUUCGAGCUGCCGUCAGUGACGAUAAUUAGAUCUAACGAGUACUUAGUAAAUUUUGCCGUGAAAGUUGGCAAGAGGACAGUGAGCGUCGAUUUGCUCCCAACGGCAAACAAUGAUCACCCAGACGUGUACAGCGAAAUGAUGAAUCAAACAUCAAGUCACCAAGAGCGGGGAUUCUACUCGGCUUCCUUUGUGGAAAAGCAAAGGGAUUUCGUCAUUGAUCAGCCUGACGACGUCAGGAACUUGAUCCGGAUGGUGAAGUACUGGGCUUACACCCGUCUACCCAAGCGCCUUCAGAAGUCCUACCCGCUGGAGCUGAUCACCAUCUACUGCUGGGAGAAGGCCGGUGAACCAGAAAGCUUCGAAAUAGUCGAAGGUCUUAAGGCCGUCCUCGAAGUUCUGGAAAGUCAACCGUGGAAACGGAGGAAGUUCUGGACGGACUACUAUUCGAAGGAUUUUGCGCUGGAUAUUAUCAAGACGCUGGGCAUGAAGUACCCUGUGAUGUUGGAUCCCGCUAAUCCAACGAACAACGUGUUGACAGUGUACCAGCAAGGCGAUAACAUGAAGAAGAUCCAAAAUGCUGCCAGAACGACCCUUCAAACGCCGCUUCUGUGUGAUGCAUACUCGUUGUUAACUUAAGCUGUGAACGUACGUACUAAAGGGCACUCAUGUCAUGUCCGUGUCG